ACCGUUAUACAGUGAUCAUGUCCACAAAAGUUUUUGUUCGUAUUCGUCUUUGUCGUCAGCGAUUCCAAUUCCACAAAACAAAAUAAUCUUCAGUACUGUCAGAGUGAGAGCGAAGCGGAGCGGAGUGUCAUCAAGUUAAAGAUACAAAACGAGAAAAGAAAGAAGACAACAACAACAAAACAAAAAAAACUACCCAAGAGGGUUAAUUAAUAUCUGGUUCAAUUCAAGUCCCACACUGCGCGCCAUACACAUAGAUACACUUCACUUACUUAGACUUACAGAAGAAGAAGAGUAUCUUCCUCAGAUAGAUAGAUAAAUAGACAGACAAGACGACAAGCAGCGGCUCUUCUUCUGCUGCUUCGGAUCAAUCAGAAUUUUUUGACGUGCCACACUCUUCGUUUGUUUGUUCGUUCGUUCGUUCGUUCGUUUGUUCGUAUACAAUUUUGGUUUUCGUUCAUAUCAUUGUGUGUUUUUGUGUCGUCAAUGUGUGUAAAAGAUACUUUUUUGUGGAGUAUCUACAACAGCAACUGUGCUCUGUGCUGCUGGCUGCUGUAUGUCAUUCUGUCUGUAGACAUACGCGGUACGUUCGUUAGUUGAAUUCAUUCAUUCAUUCAGUAUUUUCGGAUUCUGUCAAACGAGACGUUGUAUGUUGUGUUCGUCGUCACAAAAAGAAAACAAAAUUAAAGAAAGAAAAAUAGGUAUUCGUUUGUGCAUCACCUUAUAAUUAUAAUUGGCCGCCGCCGCUAAGUGGAAAAGAUAUUUUUCUUGUUUUUCUUUUUUAAACAAAUUAUUUAAAGAGGCGUUGACAAGAUUUUCUCACGGUUUAAAGUUUUUUUUUUAGAAAAUUUAAAAAUGUUUUCCUUCAUUUCUAAAUGCUAAUUGGAAUUUUGAAAAUAAAACAAAAGAAUAAUUUGCCUCCCAAAUUCAUAUCUAGUCAAAAAGUUAAUGAAAUAUUUUUAUUUUUCAUAACAAUCAUAAAAAAAAAUUAAAAAAAAAACCUAAAAAAAACAACAAAAAACAAACUUAAAACAUUUAAUAUUAUUAAAUUAUUAUAUACGAAAUCAAGACUGAUUAAAAACAAAAAUAAAAUACAACUUAAACAAAAAAAGCCAAUAUCUUCUUAACCAAUGUAUACGUAAAUUUUAAAUAAAUUUUAUUUUCUUCUUUGAUAAAAUAAAACAAAAAAACUAAAAAAAUAAUAUUUUGAAACUCCAAGUUAAAUAUUAAAAAAACAAAAUUAAUAAAAAAAAAACGAAGUAUACGAUCUUAAAUGCAAUAAUUCAACAAAACACAAACAAAAACAAAUUGUUUAUAUUUUUUUCUCUUUGAAGAACUUAAAUAUAUUAAAUUAUCUACCUAAAUAUAAAUAAAAAGAAAAUAAUUAAGUGUUAUUAAAUAAUUUUAAUAAAAAAUAAAUAAUGUGAAUUAGUGUUAAUUAAACAACAUCAACAAAAAUAUUCCUAAAUAUUUAAUAAAUAAAUUGCAAUUAAUAGUGAUAUAAGAAACAACAACAAAAAAGUGAUUUAAAUAAAAAAAAAUUCAAAAUUGUGGUGAACUCAUAUUAAGUUAGAAAACUAACUCAAAUUAAUUAAAAAAUACAAAUAAACAAAAACCAAAAUAAAUUCAGAAUUCAACAAAAUGUUACACGAAGCAUUGAUGUUAGAAAUCUACAGACAAGCAUUAAAUGCUGGUGCUCUUCCAAAUCCACGUCCACGAUCAACUGAAUCGGCAAAUUCCAGUGAACGUUGUCCAUCGCACGAUUCAACAUCAUCAGCCGAAAAUGGCAGCGCCAGUGGCAAUGCCUCCAAUAUGCAUCCAAUUUCACCCAAUUCAGCAUUUCCAUCAAUGAUUCCACCUUCGCCAAAUAAUAGUAAUUCAUCCCACCACCACCAACAGCAGCAGCACCUUCACCAUCAUCAUCAGCAGCAGCAACAGCAACAGCAUCACCAUCAUCAGCAACAACAACCACCACCGUCCAUGGAAGCUUACCUGCAUAUGGUUGCUGCUGCAGCUCAACAAUACGCCCAGUUUCCACUCGGAGGAGGACGAAUGCCAAUGCCAAUUCCACCAGCAGCCACAGCUGAUCCACACUUUAAGUUGCCACCUCAAGCUUCGCCAACUGCAUCGAGCAUCAAAUCAGAGGCUUUGGAUUUUCGAACAAAUUUCAAGCGUUCGUCUUCGGAAGAUGAUGAGGACGAAAUAGAGGACGCUGAAGAAAUGGAAGAUAUCCAGGAAGACGGAAAUCCACUUGAUUUGUCCACAAGUUCUCGCAAGCGUAGCGCCGAUGAAGAUGACUCACCCGGAGGUGGUGGCGGCGCUCAGAUUGCACAUCAAACCAAAAAGUUGUACAAAGGCACUCCACCGCCGACCACACCUCCAGCACAGACUGCAGCAGCUCCCCUUAUGUCAAGUGUAAAUCCAUAUCUUGCAGCUGUUGCCGCAGCCAACAUAUUCCAAAACGGUCCAUACCCGUCGGGUGGAUGGAAUGGCAAGAAUGACUUGGUCAUUGAUCCUACCAGUUGCUUGGAGAAAAUGACGGACCUGGUGAAGGGGCCGCGGAAAGAAAAAUCCCCUCGUCAGCAGACUCCAGUGCCACAGGCUCCACCGGCCGCAGCUCCUAUUCCAUCAAAUGAAGGUGUUAUGGCUUCAAAGGGUAGACAUAAUAUCUGGCAAUCGCACUGGCAGAACAAAGGGGUCGCAAGCAGUGUUUUCCGCUGUGUUUGGUGCAAACAAAGCUUCGCAACUCUCGAAGCUCUUACGACCCACAUGAAGGACAGCAAACACUGCGGAGUAAAUGUUCCUCCAUUCAGUAAUCUCCCCAACACCGAACGGCCACCGCAGCAGCCCCAGAUGCAAAACCAUCAGCAAAUGCGAAAACCGUCUUCACAGCAGCCAAUGCAUCAGUCCAAGUCGAAUUAUAGCAACUAUCCUUCGAAUCGAGAUCCAAAUACUCCGUUGCCAAGAAAGCUUGUCCGAGGACAGAAUGUAUGGCUGGGAAAAGGUGUCGAGCAAGCUAUGCAGAUCCUAAAAUGCAUGCGAUGUGGAGAGAGUUUCCGAUCUCUAGGCGAAAUGACCAAACACAUGCAGGAGACUCAGCAUUAUACCAACAUCUUGUCCCAGGAACAAACCAUCUCAAUGAAAUCUUCAGGAUCGAACGUCGGUGGUGACGGGAAAGACGCCAUGAGCUCUGAGGAAAGUAGAACUCUGAGUGCGGUGCUCACGUGCAAGGUGUGUGACAAGGCAUUCUCCUCGCUGGGAGAUCUUAGCAACCACAUGGCCAAGAACAAUCACUACGCUGAACCAUUGAUGCAAUCUAUGGCAGGUGGUGGAGCUGCGGGACGCAAGCGCCAGGUCCAAAAGAAACGAGAGAAGUCUCUGCCUGUUCGAAAACUGCUCGAAAUGAAGGGUGCUGCUGCAGCUCACGCCGAUGCAGUCGAUGCCAUGGAAGCCAAAAUGAAUCGAAACGAAAAGAUGGAAGCAGCGAUGUUUGCCGAACGAAUGAGGCAGUACAUUUGUGGGGUCAAGGCUGAAGCUGCCCCAGAGGAGAUCAAUAAGUCACCAAUCAUGCUGAAAAAAUCCCCAGAACAAGAGAUGAAAAACGGUACAGCUAAACCGGGAUCCUCGUCAGUGCUGAGUGCAAUCGAGCAAAUGUUUACGACAAGCUUUGACACUCCCACUAGACAUAACAACGCUCCGCAGCCAGUGAAUGCAACUAACAAGAAUACAUCCCCAGUUGCAUCGAGCAUUCUCAAGAGGUUAGGCAUUGAUGAAACCGUCGAUUACAACAAACCACUGAUGGACAUCCAAGAUCCCUACUACCAUCAUUAUGCUCGUUACACCAGCAGCGAACGAAGCGCCAGCGAAUGCAGUGCUGAUAACCAUGAAGCUGCUCAGAAGACCAAAGCUCGAUCAGAAACUCCUGAGAAAUUGGAGCCUAAUCUACAAAUAAAGAAAGAAGAACCCGAAGAAAAGGAGAACUCUGAGGAGGAAGAACGAAAUGAAGAGAAGCCUAAAAUUCCAUCUCAGGCUUCCACUCCUAACGGAGAGCUUAACCUGUCGACAACUGAUAGAAACCACGAGGCUAGUCCCAAGGCAGCUGCCAGUCCGGAAAGCAAUAGGUCUGGUACACCAAAAUCUCCAGCUUCCAGCCAUAAGUCGUUCGGUGGUGAUGGUGAGAAGAAAUACCCCAGCGACAGUUUAAAUGCUCUGUCAUCUAUGUUCGAUUCGUUAAGCAGUGUCGGAAGUGCUAGAUCCCAACACCAGCAGCAGCAACAACAACAACAACAGCCAACAAUUGUCAAAUCCGAGGAAUCCUUAUCGGCGGCUUCAAACUCUUUGGCCGCUCUUCGACAAUUCUGCGAUCAAAAAGAGAAAACCGCAUAAAAUUUCGACAAACCAUUCAAACCAUCAAUAACAACGUCGACAUCGCUACGGUCGAUAAGUUUAGCUUUGGAAUCCGGUCGCCAUAUCGGCGACCGCAGUAAUAAAGACUCGUUGCCAGAGUCUACAGAUGCUACGGAACAGGCCAUGAGAAAUCGGUGUAAUGCGGUCGCCGGAUUGGCAGCCGGGCAUCAUCACAAUAUAAAUCAUCGCUAUCGCCUUCGUCAUCGUAAAAGCAUUGCCGCCGAUCAACAGGUGGUGAUGCCACCGUACGACUUAGAACAGCGAAAGCGACCGGGCUGAUUUGGGAGCGGAGGAGGAGAGUUUAAUACAAAAACAUAAACUUCGCCACAUGGGAACAAAUUCAAUGAGGAAUCUUCCUAGACAUUCGCCUGACAUUGAGAUACUAGCAAAUCCUUAGAAUAAAAACAAUUUACCUAUACACUGGAAAACUUUUACAAUACAUCUGAAAAACAAAUAAUUUCUAAAAAAUGCAAAAAUUCAAUUUGAUGAGAAAUAAGAACUGAUAAGAAGACACAACGAGAUGUAAGAUUUUGGAAAAAUAAAUCUCGAGAACGAGUGGAAUAAAAAUGGAUUCUUAAAUAAAGACAACCAACAUACAAAUUCAACUUCGGCUGCUAAAGAAGAUAACAAAACUUUAACACAACCAAUUGGAUGCAGCCUCAGCCCUUGUUAGGGCUCCAAAAGCUUCCAUAAAGAGAUACAAACUGAAAUUUCAAUUAAAACUCUAUAAAACUU